AUGGCCUCGUCCUGCGCCAGCAUCGACAUCGAGGACGCCACGCAGCACCUGCGGGACAUCCUCAAGCUGGACCGGCAGCCGGGAGGUUCGGAUCUGGAGAGCCAGCGGGCAUCCAGCUCCUUCAAUGGGGACCUGAAUGGACUUCUGAUGCCAGAAACCAUGUCUGGAGAAGGGGCCAAGCCGGGCCCCCGAGUGGGACCCAUGGCCAUCCUGCAGGAAAAGCAGGUCAUCUGCCUGUCUGGGGAUGACAGCUCCACCUGCAUUGGGAUCUCGUCGAAGGAGGUGGAGAUCGUGGCCAGUAGUGACUCCAGCAUCUCCAGCAAAGCCCGAGGGAGCAACAAGGUGAAAAUCCAGCCAGUGGCAAAGUACGACUGGGAGCAGAAAUAUUACUAUGGGAACUUGAUUGCUGUGUCCAAUUCCUUUCUGGCCUAUGCUAUCAGAGGUGCCAGCAAUGGCUCAGCCAUGGUGCGAGUGAUCAGCCUCACCACAGCAGAACGAACCUUGCUUAAGGGCUUCAUGGGCAGCGUGGCGGACCUGGCCUUUGCCCAUCUUAACUCACCUUACUUGGCGUGCCUAGAUGAGGCAGGCAGCCUGUUUGUGUGGCACCUAUCCUUGGAAAAUGGCAAGAUACAAGAGGAUAUUGUGGUGAACAUCAAGCGGCCUGAGGGCACCCCGCUGAACCACUUCCGCCGGAUCAUCUGGUGCCCGUACAUUCUGGAGGACAGCAGUGAGGAGAGCAGCGAGGAAGGCAGCCAGACACUGGCACUGCUGCACGAGGACAGGGCUGAGGUCUGGGACCUGGAAAUCCUUCAAGGCAACAACAGUUCCUGGCCCAUGGACAUCACGCACAUCAAGGAGGGCUUUAUCGUGGUGAAGGGUCACAGCAUGUGCCUGAGUGAAGGAGCCCUCUCGCCUGAUGGAACGGUUCUCGCCACUGCCAGUCACGACGGUUACGUUAAGUUUUGGCAAAUCUACAUUGAAGGACACGAUGAGGCAAGGUGUCUCCAUGAGUGGAAACCCCAUGAAGGACGACCCCUCUCCUGCCUCUUGUUCUGCGACAAUCACAAGAAGCAAGAUCCUGAGAUCCCCUUCUGGCGAUUCCUCAUCACGGGAGCUGACCAGAACCGUGAGCUGAAGAUGUGGUGCACCAUAUCCUGGACCUGUUUGCAGACCAUCCGCUUCUCCCCAGACCUGUUCAGCGCUGGGAGCGUGCUCCCCAGCCUCAAGGUCUGCCUGGAUCUCUCGGCCCAGUAUCUGAUCCUCAGCGAUGUACAGAGGAAGGUCCUGUAUGUGAUGGAGCUGCUGCAGAACCAGGACGAGGGCAGGGCCUACUUCAGCUCCAUCUCCGAGUUCCUGCUCACCCACCCGGUACUGAGCUUUGGCAUCCAGGUGGUGAGCCGCUGCCGGCUCCGGCACACCGAAGUGCUCCCUGCUGAGGAGGAGGGCGAUGGCCUAGGCGCAGAGGGCUCCCAGGGGGCUGGGGCAGUGGAAUCAGCCGCCGGCGUGCUCAUUAAACUCUUCUGUGUCCAUACCAAGGCCCUGCAGGACGUGCAGAUCCGCUUCCAGCCUCAGCAGAGCCCCGAUGUGGUGGCCCCACUGCCCCCCCACGCUGUAUGUGAGGACUUCGGAUUUGGAGAGCCCCUGCCAGAACUGGGCUCUGAAGGGCUGGACUCCGACAAAGGUUCCGGGCACAGCUCUCAAUCUGAUCUGCGGCGCAUCUCCGACCUGCCCUUGCCCUCCGACUUCCUCAGUCUGACCGGCGAAGUCAAGCCCAAGCUUAUGACUCCCGACGCUUUCAUGACACCGAGCGUCGUCUCUCUGCAGCAGAUCUCCGUGUCCCCUGCCAGCAGCGGCAGCUCUCUGACAGCCGUGACUGGCUUGAGUAGCGCUUCGGCCUCCGACACUCCGAUUCCCAGGCCACCUGAGGACUUGGCCCUGAGCACCAAGCUGCAGUUGGACAGCAGCCUGACUCUUAGCAGCAGCAGCAGCAGUUUGCAAACCAGUCCCCGCAGCCACGGCGUCCUUAUCCCCGGCCUGGCCGACAAGCUGACCUCCAAGGGACCCAGCCAGGAGGUGGACCCGCUGGUCGUGCCUCAGACCUCCCCGACUCGGACCCGGUCCCCAGAUGUCAUCUCUUCAGCUUCCACAGCCCUGUCCCAGGACAUCCCCGAGAUCGCUUCGGAGGCCCUGUCCCGCGGCUUCGGGCCUACUCCGACCCCACCCGAGGGUCUGGAGCCCGACAGCAUGGCCUCCGCUGCCUCUGCCCUGCACCUGCUGUCCCCGCGGUCCCGGCCUGUCCCGGACCCCACUCCCCAGCACGGCCUGGUUGGGAGCCCCGGAGAAGGGGACUGCCGGGACAGCGCCUCACUACUGGAGGUGACGCUGACACAGGAGCCUGGGGGGGCUGACAGCCAGGCCUGGCCUGCUGCCCCCGACAUCACCCGCGAGACCCGCAGCAACUUGGCCAACAGCCCCAGAGACGAUAUCCAGGAGAAGCUCAAGAGCUCGGCUUUUCGACACGCUUACCCGCUGCUGCAGCAUGACAGUCAAGACGCUAGUGCUGAGCAGAGUGACCACGAUGAUGAGUUGGCUAGCUUGGCCUCCGCCGCUAGCAGCUUUGGCCAGGUGGUCAUUCCUCGGCUGCCUGUGAAGGAUUGGAAGACCAAGCCUUCCCCCCGUACUUCUCCCAAGCUUAAAAGGAAGGGCAAGAAAGAAGAUGGGGACACAUCUCAGGACCCCCAAUUGACUGAAAACCAGGUAGCAGAGCCCCCUGAGGAGUGGCUGGCCUUAGUGCGCGGGCAACAACAGCAGGAUAUGAUGGAGCUGCGACAGAACCAAGCAGAGCUGCUGCAGCGGCUGAGUGACCAACUGGACUCGAUGCAGAGUUCCCUCAUGGGCCAUAUGGAGAGGGUCCUUGAUUCGAGACAGGAGCACGAACAGCGGCGGCUGGAACGGGCUUUGGCUGAGGGGCAACAGCACAGCGGACAGCUGCAGGAGCACCUGUCGCAGCAGCUGUCCCAGGCUCUUUCCUCGGCUGUGGCCGGCCGGCUGGAACGUACAGUGCGGGAGGAGAUGAAGAAGACCGUGCCGCAGUGUGUGUCCAGGAGCCUGGAGCCUGUGACAGGCCAGAUGAGCAGCUCGGUGGUGGCCAAGCUGACGGCCGUGGAAGGCACACUGAAAGAGAGCAUCACCAAACUGGUCAAGUCCAAGAAUCUGACAGAUGCCAUUGCCCGAGCCACAGCUGAUGCGCUGCAGGGGCCCAUGCAAGCCACCUAUCGCGAGGCCUUCCAGAGUGUGGUUCUGCCGGCCUUUGAGAAGAUCUGUCAGGCCAUGUUCCAGCAGAUCAAUGAUAGCUUCAAGCUGGGUACCCAGGAGUACCUGCAACAGUUGGAGGGGCACAUGAAGAGUCGGAAGAGCCGGGAGCAGGAAGCCCGGGAGCCGGUCCUGGCACAGCUCCGGGCACUGAUCGUCUCCGUGCAGGGUGCCACCGAUCAAAUGGCAGCCACCGUCACCAGCAGCGUGCGGGCCGAGGUGCAGCACCAGCUCCACAUUGCCGUGGGCAGCAUGCAGGAGUCGAUCCUGGCCCAAGUGCAGCGCAUCAUCAAGGGAGAGGUGAGCCUGGCCAUGAAGGAGCAGCAGGCGGUCGUCACGUCCAGUAUCAUGCAGGCCAUGCGCUCGGCUGCUGGGACUCCUAUCCCGGCUGGCCACCUGGAUGGUCAGGCCCAGCAGGCCCACAUCCUGCAGCUGCUCCAGCAAGGCCACCUCAACCAAGCCUUCCAGCAGGCCCUGACGGCUGCCGACUUGAACCUGGUGCUGUAUGUGUGUGAGACGGUGGACCCCCAUCAGGUGUUUGGCCAGCCACCUUGUCCCCUGUCGCAGCCCGUCCUGCUGUCCCUCAUCCAGCAGCUCUCCUCCGAUUUAGGCACCCGCACUGAGCUCAAGAUAAGCUACCUGGAAGAGGCAGUAAUGCACCUGGACAAUGCUGACCCCAUCACCCGUGACCACAUGGGUUUGGUCCUGACGCAGGUGCGCCAAAAGCUGUGCCAGUUCCUGCAGGCUGAGCCCCUCAACUCCUUGAACAAGUCGGCCCGCCGCCUCACCAUCAUGUUGCAGGGCCUGGCUUCCCCCAAUCUCAACUAA